AUGAUUUUAGGAGCUUCGUUCCUUGUUCUCCUAGGGUUUCAUCUUAUUGCUGUCCAAACACAUGCUAGACCUAUUCCUCCAACUGGAUCGAAUCCGACUACGUCCGAUCCCACUCCUCCACCACCAUCAAAUUCCAUUUUCAAAGUGUAUUCAAAAGGCAUUAUUCCACCAUCUGGGCCAAGUCAAAGAACAUCAGACUCUUCUCCACCUCCUCCCUUCAAUAUCUUACAAAAGAAGUUUGAUUUUGGAAUGUAUCCAAAAGGGAUACCUAUUCCACCAUCUGGCCCAAGUCAAAGGACAUCAGAUUCUUCUCCACCCCCUCCAUCAAAUUUCUUCCAUCACAACACCUUUGGUUUUGGAAUGUAUCAAAGACGCGUACCUAUUCCACCAUCAGGACUCAACCCAAGGACAUCUUACUCUCCUCCCCCGCCUCCAUCUCAAUAG